AUGUCACUCCUCUCCCUCUUACUCUCUCCCCUCCUUUCGACAGGGCUCACUCCCCUCCCUCUCACUUUCUCCCCCUCUCUCUUUCGGCGGGUGUGGGUCCUCAUUGAGUGCGGCACCGAGGUGCUGGCUUGA